AUGGCAGUUGAUGUUUGCUCUAGCUCUGAGCCUUUUAUAAGCCCAAGAAUCUCUUUCUCUCAUGAUCUCAAAAACCAAUCAUCUCAAAUCGCCACCACCAUUGCCUCCACUGCCACCGCCACCACAUUCGAUUUCUCAAUCACCUCAAACCUUUUGCAACCAAUCAUAUCUGCGGACGAGCUAUUCUUUGAGGGUGUGCUCCUCCCUACUCCAAUCAAGAAACCCGAAAAUCUACAACCUAAUCCCAAAUCAUUAGUCUCAAAAGUUGAAGUUGUGGAAGUCCAAAGAAAACGUCUCAAAGAACUUAUAUUAAACGACUCAGAAGAACAAGAAAAACCUUCAUCAAGAUCACUUUGGAAGUUUACACGAACCACAAGUUUGAAUUCUGAUAAUGCCAAGGGACCAAAACGGUUGUUUAGGUCUUUAUCGUUAAAACGUUUGUUACAUGGUAAUUCAAGUGAAUCGCCACCGGAUACAAAGGGAAAUGAAGAUAUAAAAGUUGUACAAAAACCAAAUUCAGAAAAAGAGACAACAACAUUGCCAAGAUGUUCUAGCUUAAUUCACACACCAAGAGUAAAUUAUAAUUGUAAAAGCAGUAAUUCUCCUGGACGGCCAGUAACAAAAAAGAAUUACAACAAUAAUGGAACGAAGAUAAUUAAUCCCGCAUUAAACAUUUCACCAACUAACAAUAUGAAAUUGUUUGGUCUAGGUUCAUUAUUUUGUACUAUUAAGCCUAGAAACAAAACCAAAUAG